AUGGAGUCAGCAGCUGUCUCCUCUGACUUUGAGCUGUCCGUCAUGGAGCUUUCUCCUCCAUCACCUCCUCCCAGUGGGCCCUCCUCCACUCCUCCCCCCUCCUCCCCCAGCGGGGCCUGUCACUCAGGGAGGAGGGAGAACAUGCUGAGCUCCAUAAACCUUCAGAACUGUCCUGAUGCACGUCCGCAGAGCACUGAGGAGCCAAAGACCGAGGACUGUGGUCAGAUGUGUCCAGAUCUCAGCAGGUGA